GUGGCAUCCCAGGUCUCGGGUUUAACUCUUGUGACACUACAUGGUAAACUCCGAUUGCGUGUAACAAGUCCGAAUAUAAUUGCUGGCGAUCAAAGUAUAAAAACUCAAGGAACGCCAGUCUAGGUCUACAGCUUGCCAUUGGAGCAUUGCAAUUCAACAAUCGUAUAGAUAGCAUCAAUCUUCUUCAUUCUUUUCAAUAGAAGAAAGAGUCCUCUCAGUCCUUGCAACAUGGUCAAGUUUCUCGACAAGGAGGUGGGUCCCAUUGGAUUUGGCCUCAUGGGCUUCACUUGGCGCGCCAACCCUCCUCCAUUGGAGCAGGCCCUUGCCACAAUGAAGGCCGCCGUCGAAAAGGGCCUCACCAUGUGGAAUGGCGGCGAGUUCUACGGAACGCCCGAGUACAACUCCAUGACCAUCCUCAAGCACUACUUCACGAAAUAUCCUGAAGAUGCCGACAAAGUCUUCUUGGCAAUGAAGGGUGGUGUUAAUCUGCAAGGGACCGGGCCUGACGGGUCACCCGAAAACAUUCGCCGGUCACUGGAUAACAUCUUGGCCCAGCUGGACGGCAAGAAGAAGGUGGAUGCUUUCUGCUGUGCCAGGCGAGAUCCAAACACCCCUCUAGAUAUCACCUUUGGAGUGAUCCAGAGGGAGUACAUCGACACCGGCAAGAUUGGCGCCAUUAUGCUGUCAGAGUGCAAUGUCAACACCAUCAAGGAGGCCGUCAAGGCAGCCAAGAUUGUUGCCGCCGAAGUCGAGCUCAGUCUGUUUACGCCAGAUAUUCUCAAGAAUGGCAUCGCAGCUGCUUGCAAGGAGCAUGAUAUCCCCAUCAUUGCGUAUUCUCCCAUUGGAAAGGGAAUGCUCUCUGGUGAAUUCAAGAACCAAGAGGAUGUCAAGAAGCUGGGAAUGAUUGCCAACUACCCGCGAUUCCAGGGAGAAGGAUUCGCGCACAAUCUGAAGCUUGUCCAGCAAGUUGAGGCCAUUGCCAGCGACAAAGCCUGCACACCUGCUCAGCUGGCCAUCAACUGGGCGAGGAACAUGAGCACCGACCCAGAGCUGCCUCUCGUGAUUCCGAUUCCCGGCGCCACGACGAUUGAGAGAGUAGAAGAGAACUCAAAGGUGGUUGAGCUCACCGAGGAGGAUAUGCAAAGCCUCACUGGCCUUGCAAAGAACUUUGAGACGGCUGGUGCCAGAUACCCUUCUCAUGUACCAACCAACACCUAAUGGCGUGCGUUAUUUGAACCUGUCAUGUAUGCAGCGUUAUAGUAUACCCAAACUACAAAUGGUUACCUUUGUUUGACUGCAGCUAGAAA